CCAAGAAGAAGAAGAAGAGAAGCAGCAGUAGCAGCAGCAGCCGCGCGGAGCACGGCACAAAAGUUUCUCCACGGGAAUGGGCGAGUUCCAGAAGGACGCUUUUCUUUCACACCUCACACCCACCAUCAUCACAAACACUCGGAUUUAAGGAUCUUCUGUGGUGAUUUUUUUUCCCCCCCCAGACGCAACAGAAUUGGGAUUUCUCUCUCUUUGGAUUGAAGGAUCAACUUCUCUCCCUCUCUCUGUUGUGCGGCAGAGGAGAGGAAAAUGUGUCCCUCCACGAAGCCCUGCGGUGUUGUUGCAAAGUCCUGCGUGUUUUUCCUGCUUGUGUGGACUCUACAGCGUGGAUGUGGUGCCACCGAUACUCGGACGUGUCCCGCUCCCUGCUCGUGUUUUGGGGAGCUCGUGGACUGCAGCCGGAUUAGAAGGGGCCAAAUCCCAGACGCGAUCCCGGAGUGGACAGUUCAGCUGGACCUGAGCCAUAACAAAUUGCAGGUGCUUGACAGCAGCUUGUUUUCCAAACUACAACAUUUAACUGAAGUAAAGCUGAACCACAAUGAACUGGAGGCAAUUCCUCACUUGGGCCCGUAUGCUUCAAACAUCACAACGCUCGUUCUAGCAAACAACAGGAUCACCAGGAUCUCUGUGGAGCAGCUCCUGCCCUUCCGCGCGCUGGAAACGCUCGACCUCAGCUACAACAACAUUGUGGACAUGAAGGCGAGCUCCUUCCCCGCUCUGCCCCUCAAGAACCUGUUCCUCAACAACAAUAAGAUCUCGUCCAUGGAGACGGGCUGUUUCACGAACCUGUCCAGCAGCCUGCAGGUUCUCCGACUCAACCGCAACCGCCUCUCCACCAUCCCAGCCAAGAUCUUCCAGCUACCCAACCUCCAGCAUCUCGAGCUGAGCAGGAACCGCGUUCGCAGGGUAGAGGGCCUCACGUUCCACGGCCUGCAUGCUCUUCGCUCGCUCAAGAUGCAGAGAAACGGCCUCACCCGCCUGAUGGACGGAGCCUUCUGGGGCCUCAGCAACAUGGAAGUCCUGCAACUGGACUACAACAACCUCACAGAGGUGAGUAAGGGUUGGCUGUACGGCCUGCUGACUCUGCAGCAGCUCCACCUCGGCCACAACGCCAUCAGCAGGGUCCGACCUGAAGCCUGGGAGUUCUGCCAGAAACUCAGCGAGCUCAACCUCUCCUCCAACCAUCUGUCCAGACUGGAGGAAUCCAGCUUUGUAGGCCUCAGUCUGCUGGAUGAGCUCCACAUCGGCGACAACCGCGUGAGCUUCAUCGCAGAUGGAGCGUUCCGGGGACUCUCCAACCUGCAGAUGCUGGACCUUCAAAAUAAUGAAAUCUCCUGGACCAUCGAGGACAUGAACGGGCCUUUCUCUGCUUUGGACCAUCUUCAAAAACUAUUUCUGCAGGGAAACCAGAUCCGCUCAGUGACCAAGAAGUCUUUCUCUGGCCUGGACGCUCUGCAGCACCUAGAUCUGAGUAAUAACGCGAUCAUGUCCGUCCAAGCGAACGCCUUCUCGCAGAUGAAGAGCCUGCAGGAGCUGCGCCUGAACACCUCCAGCCUGCUGUGCGACUGCCAGCUGAAGUGGCUUCCAGUCUGGGUGGCAGAGCAAACCUUCCUGCCCUGCAUCAAUGCCAGCUGCGCCCACCCACAGAUGCUCAAGGGCAGGAGUGUGUUUGCCGUCGGCCAGGAUGAGUUUGUGUGCGACGACUUCCCAAAGCCUCAGAUCACCGUCCAGCCGGAGACCCAGUCGGCCCUCAAAGGCACCAACGUGACGUUUGUCUGCUCAGCAGCCAGCUCAAGCGACUCGCCCAUGACCUUCGCUUGGAAGAAGGACAACGAGGUCUUGAACGACGUGGAGAUCCACAAUCAGGCCCACCUGCGAGUGCAGGGAGGAGCAGGAGGGGAGACGGAAGUGACGGAGUACACGACCACCCUGCAGCUCCGUACUGUGGAGUUCUCCAGCGAGGGAAAAUACCAGUGUGUCAUCUCCAACCAUUUUGGAUCAUCCUAUUCCACUAAGGCCAGGCUCACUGUAAACAUGAUGCCUUCCUUUACCAAGAUGCCCAUGGACCUGAGCAUCCGGGCCGGGGCGACAGCCAGAUUGGAAUGUGCCGCUGUGGGUCAUCCUUCUCCUCAGAUUGCCUGGCAGAAAGACGGUGGUACCGAUUUUCCCGCUGCCCGGGAACGCCGCAUGCACGUCAUGCCGGAGGACGACGUCUUUUUCAUAGUGGAUGUCAAGACGGAGGACAUCGGCGUCUACAGCUGCACAGCUCAAAACACCGCCGGAGCAAUCUCUGCAAAUGCCACGCUGACAGUUUUAGAAACACCCUCCUUCCUGCGACCCCUCAUGGAUCGCACUGUGGCCAAAGGAGAGACCGCCGUCCUCCAGUGCAUCGCUGGUGGCAGCCCUCCCCCAAGGCUCAACUGGACCAAAGACGACAGCCCCUUGGUGGUGACAGAGCGCCACUUUUUCGCAGCCGCUAACCAGCUCCUCAUCAUCGUUGACGCCGCAGAGGGCGACGCGGGGAAAUACACCUGCGAGAUGUCCAAUGCGCUGGGCACAGAGAGGGGCAACGUUCGAUUGUUGGUCAUAUCCAACCCCAACUGUGACCCCGGUGUGCAGGGCGCAGUGGGGGUCGGAGGGGUCGGUGUUGCAGGAUCAGACGACGACGGGUGGACCACAGUGGGAAUUGUCAUCAUUGCAGUGGUGUGCUGCGUGGUGGGCACUUCUCUAGUUUGGGUGGUCAUCAUCUACCACACCAGGCGACGGAACGAAGACUGCAGCGUCACCAACACAGAUGAGACCAACCUUCCCGCCGACAUUCCCAGCUACCUCUCAUCCCAGGGCACGUUGGCCGACCGGCAAGAUGGCUACAUCCCGUCAGAGAGCGGCAGUCAUCAGUACAUGCUGCCAUCAGUCGGUGGCUUCUACCUGCAACCGAAAGACAUGAACGGACUUUGUAACCUGGAUACUGGAAGUGAAGCAGACAUGGAGGCAGCCAUCGAUCCUCUGCUCUGUCAUUAUCAAGGACCAAUAGGCUCGCUGCUUUGCCGGGACAACGUGUACUCCACCGACCCGUCAGAGGUCUUCACAGGCUGUCCCAUCGACCAAAAGCCUGUGUGUGUCGACUCCUACAGCGGCAGCUUGACCAGCUCCAAAAGAAGGGACUAUUUGCUCUCAGAGCAUUUUGACCUCUGCUCCUCCACGGUCUUGAUGCAGCUCCCCAAUGCCAGUCUCCACUCCGGCCCCUCCCACCAGCAGAGCGAGCGCCGACCAUCUGUGGAGGAGGGAGAUGCGAAGGACUAUGGUCGACUUCACGAGUGCCUUUCUCCCUGCAACAACUUCAUGGGUACUUUUGGGAAAGCUCCCUGGAGGCCUCAGCAGGAGCACUACGCAGGCUUUGGGCCCCCGUCAGGGACGCAUAAUCCAAUAGCUCCAUAUGAGAAUCCUUACAUUGCCCCGGACAUUGAUUCAGACCACAAGGAGAACUUUCUCGCCAAGGAACCUACGUUGGAGCAAAGCUGCAGUGUUUACGAACAGUCAUUUGACAGCAGCAGAACUGAUCCUUUGCCAGAGUGCAGAACGAGCACUUAGCUGAGUGACGUAGCUCGAAUUUGCUCUUGGUUUUCAUGAAGAGGAUGACCAAAAAAAAAAAGACACUUCUACCUCAGUAAAUGGACAGUUUUGCAAUAAAGGACUCCAGAAAUGUGCAAAGAGUGAAUGUAAUGGACAAUUGUGAUGUUCCUCGAGGAAGCAGCAAGGAGCAUAUUAACAGCUGUUUGUUUAAGGACACGGCCUCUGUUUAAUAAUAUAGAUGAAUACAUACGUUUUUAUAUAAAUUUUAUUAUAUUUUGUAAAUUGUAUAUAAACAGAUUCCAUUAUUUUUGCCUACGUGUUGUGUAGGGUUAUUUUGCGCCCUACCCUUUUCAGUUAUUCCAGCUUUGAAUGAAGCAUUAUUUUGCACAUAUAUGUAAACAAUAAAAAAAAAAGACACCUAAACGUGUGCUGCUGCAUUCA